AGUGCUGUGUCAGCCAUCCCCUGGUCUCUGACUCCUUACAGCAAUCCUUUCCAUUUCUUCUUCCCGUAGUGCAUCUCCUAUGAAACUGCCUAUUGUUUAUCUGUUCUGUUAAUUUAUAAAUCCAUUCAUCUCACCAUGGCCCAGAGAAAUAACAAAUCUCAGUCUAAUAACAAUAAUGAGGUACCCAAGGAUCCACCAGAAAGUUCAGAGGUGCCAGGAGAAGAGAAUUCCGAGAAGAAAGAACUGGAAGAGUUGCCUCCUUUUGAAAUAGUGGAAGGGAGCCGCAUCCCAGCUUCUUCCUUUAUGUUCCAGUUCAAGAAUGUGGAGUACAGUUCUGGGCGGAAUAAAACUUUAUUAUGCUACACUAUAGAGCGAGGAGAAGGCCAGGUGUUUCGUGGGUAUCUGGAAGACGAGCAUGUCUCAGCCCAUGCAGAGGAAGCUUUUGUCUCUACUGUCCUGCCACAGUUUCUCAGUUCUGGUGCUAUCAACGUCACCUGUUAUGUGUCAUCUAGCCCUUGUGUAAAUUGUGCAGCCAGCAUUGCACGAUGUCUACGAAAGAAUAAGACAGUGAAAUUACGUUUCGUAGUCGCUCGGCUUUUACAGUGGGAAGAAUCUGAAAUCCGUGGUGCCCUACGGGGCAUAAGCUCUGCUGGCUGCCAACUGCAAAUGAUGAAGAGUGCUGAUUAUUUGCAUGUAUGGCAGAAUUUUGUAGAGCCAGACAUGGUUCUGGAUGAAGAAGGGAAAAGUGAGCCAAAGAGGGAACAAGAAGCCUUUAUUCCCUGGGAGGAUUUAGAAGAAAACUCAAGAUAUUAUGAGGAGAAGUUAGCAGAAAUUUUGAGAUAGAUAAACAACCAACAAUGGCAUCAUAUGACUAAAGGGAAAAUAUUUGGCAGGGCAGGGAAGUGGAUACUUUUCAGAGAGAGAGAGAGAGAGAGAUUGUUGUAGGGUUUGCUUCAUUCAAUGGACUGAUUUAAUAUUCUGACUAAAUGAAAAAAGUGUUUUUAAUUAUACAAGUUCCUAAAUAUAUAUGGGGUUAAUAAUGUGAGACAUAUAAUUUAUAUUUCAUGCCUUGAGGUGAUUGAUAUGUCCGUGAUUGCAUUUGCUCAUUAAAUACUUGUGAAUGAUC